UAAUUUAAAGAAAGCUCUGUGAUAAGAAAUGUUUCAAAUGUUGAGUUACAAAAUCACACUUUUGUAAGAGCAAAGCAAAUAACAACCGUGCACUCAGACUAUGUAAUCCAACAGAGGAAAAGAAAAUUAUAAUGAAAAGCACAUAUAAAGAUUUGAAAUUGUGCGUAUGCGCAUGCGCAGAGAUGCUAUGUAGCACAUUUCAAUGAGUAGCACAAAUCGACAGAACACCUGCGCGCGUUCCGAUCAGCGUGUGGUAGCGUCGCGCUCUGGAGCAGCGAAGCGAGCGAUUAGCUAAAAGGGAUCACGCGUUAAUUAACGUUAAUUAGACAACGAAUCGGCGUUUUUUCGUCGCGAUUGACGAGAAGAAAUCAUCUUUACCGAAAUCCGCGUUUUUUCCUUUCUAUUUCUUAAUUCCAGUAUGACGCCAACAACGUUGGUCGCACGAGGAGCGGAACGCGUACGUCGCGCGUGAGCUGGUGAUCUUCGUAACUGAAUGAGAUGCGCGCGCGGACGGGCGCACGGGGGCCUCGGCGCUGAAGGAGAAUGCAGCAGCGGGGGGGCUUUGCAGCCAAGCAGCAGCAGCAGCGCCGCUGACCGGGCCCGGUUCCGGUUCCUAGCUGAGUGCUCUGUGCGUGUGUGCGCGCGCGUGUGUGUGCACCCCCCACUCCACCACCACCACCCCCUUACCCCCUUACCCCCUCCACACACCCCCUCCGCCCCCGUGCACGCACCGCAUGGGAAAGAAAGCGGCGCGCGCGGACGGCAUGGACACUUGCGCGAGCCCACUCGCACCGCCCUCCCGUCCCCGUCGCCCAUCUCCGUCCUCCUCCUCCUCCUCCUCCUCCUCCCGCUCCGCGCCCCUCUCGAGCACUGCAGCAGCAGCACCACCCCCGCGAGCGGCCGCCCCCCCCGGGCCCCAGCAGACGGCAUGAGGAGGCUCGCGCCGGUGCACCUCUCCGCGCUGCUCGCCGCCGGCCUCUCCUUCGCGUGCUACGCCCCGUCGCUGGACUCGGCGCGCGAGCGGGCGCACCGCUCGGCCGUGGUGAUCGAGGGCGAGGUGAGCGCGCGGCCCGAGUCGUCCAGCGUGCGCGUGCGGGUGCUGGACGUGUGGCCGCGCAAAAGCGGCGGGCUGGAGCGCGAGCAGCUCGUCACCGUCGGCGGCCUGGGCUCGGACGCGGAGCCGUGCGCUGCAGCGGCGGCGGCGCUGGUACAGAACCGCAGCUACGUGUUUUUCAUGGAGCCCACGGAGGAGCCGCUCGUGUUCAGGGCGUCCUUCGCUCCGCUCGAGAGCGCGGAGAAGAGCGUGAAAAAAGAUGUGGAGAGCGUGCUGUGUGAAGACUGCGAUUCAGCCCCAAAGGUGAAGACCAUGCGAUCUCAGUGGGUGUGGGAGGGUGAUCGGGUGACCCUGAAGUGUGAAGCCCAGGGCAACCCCAGCCCGUCCUUCCGCUGGUUCAAAGAUGGCAGCGAACUCCGCAAGAGCAAAGACGUCAAAAUCAAAACUAACAAGAAAAACUCAAAGAUUCAGAUCAGCCGAGUGAGACUGGAGGAUUCUGGGAACUACACGUGUGUGGCUGAAAACUCGCUGGGCAAGGAGAACUCCACCAGCUACAUCAACGUCCAAAGCAUAACAACCACGCUGUCUCCGGGCUCCAGCCAUGCCAGGAAGUGCAAUGAGACGGAGAAGGCAUACUGUGUCAACGGUGGUGACUGUUAUUUCAUACACGGUAUAAACCAGCUGUCAUGCAAGUGUCCAAAUGACUAUACUGGUGAUCGCUGUCAAACCUCCGUUAUGGCCAGUUUCUACAAGCAUCUUGGAAUUGAAAUUAUGGAGGCAGAGGAGCUGUAUCAGAAACGGGUUCUGACGAUAACAGGCAUUUGCGUGGCACUUCUAGUAGUUGGCAUCGUGUGUGUCGUGGCGUACUGCAAAACCAAGAAACAGAGAAAGAAGAUGCAAAACCACCUGCAUCAGAACAUGUGUGUAGAACACCCCAAUCGCAUGCUUGCCAAUGGACCCAACCACCCAGGGCCGGGGCCUGGGCCAGAGGAGAUCCCAAUGGUCGAUUAUAUCUCUAAGAAUGUCCCAGCCACUGAGCGUGUAAUACGACAUGGAACAGAGACAUCAGGCAACUUCUCGGGCAGUCGAAUGUCGUCACGGUCCCACCACUCCUCUACUGCCUCCCACGCUUCCAGUCACAGGCAUGAAGAGAGGACAUGGAGUAUGGAGAGGUCAGACAGUAUGAACUCUGACUGCCACUCGGGGGCACUCUCCUCCUCAGUGGGUACCAGUAAAUGCAGCAGUCCAGCCUGUAUGGCCCGACGGGCUGCACACUGUGGCUAUUCCGAGCCUUCACGGCGCCCCCUGCAGUAUGGAGACUCUUACGACUCUUUGCGGGACUCACCCCACAGCGACAGGUACGUGUCAGCACUGACCACACCUGCCCGCCUGUCUCCAGUGGACUUCCACUGCUCACUGCCCCCGCAGGUGCCUACCUUCCAGAUCACCACUCCCAACGCCAGCCAUGCCCUCAGCCUCCCACCUGCCGCCGCCAUGGGCUCUUACUCCCCUGACGAUGACCAACCGCUGCUACAGCGAUACCGUCGCCCGCGCCGGCCCUACUGCGGCGCAGAGAGCACUGGUUCGCUGCCCUCUAGCCCUUACCGCUUUGUGGACGACGAGGACUAUGAGACUACGCAGGAGUACAUGUCAUCCCGUGAGCGUCCCAAGAAAAGCAGCAGUGGCCGACGAUGGCGCAGGAGGUCGCGGUUAAAUGGACACGUUUCUCAGCGCUCCAAAGGACCCAGGGACUACAGCUCCCAGAGCUGCCUAUCGGACAGCGAAUGGGAGGGGGAGGAGGAUGAGGAGGAGGUAGGGGACUUGGGGCACGGAGAGAGCACGCCCUUCCUCAGCAUGCAGAACAUGACCGCCACAGAGCCGGCCACCAUCUACCGGCCCAACGAUACGCGGACGUACAGCAACACAGCACGGGGAGGAUCCCGCGCAAACACGCAAGCUAGCAAACUGUCGCAGUCUCGGUCCAAACCGGACAAUGCACCCCUUUAAAAAAAAAGAAAUGAAAGAACAUAGACAAGUAUGAUGAAAAAUCGUAUGUAGGAGAAAGAGAGAGAGAAAAAAUGAUAUGCUAUAGACCUGCACCUAUAAGAAAUAUUUUUAUUUUAUAUAACAGACAGAUAUUCUAAAUGAAAUAUUUAUUUUCAUUUCAGCAAAAAUUGUCUACUAGCUAGCAGCAAAGACUUUUUUAUAGGGGGAAAACUAUUUAUAUGUAAUUUCUUUUUUUUUGGUUUACAGCAUUACGAAGAAGAAUCACGUGCCAAUUUUUUCACAACUUAGAAAUAGAAUAAUAUUGUGGUGCCUUUUGCUGUAUGCCGACAAGGGAGGUUCCAUUGAGUUUUUGUAGCCUUUCUUAAAAUGGACUCCUGGGUUUUAUAUAGACAUGUUUGUCUCCUUUUCUUUCAGUUUGUUUGUUCAGGAUCUCCCCAUUUGAACUGUGAUAUGAUUCAGACAUCAUGCAAUAUGGGAAUCACUUUUACGUAAAGGUGUUUGUUUACAUGAGUAGGGGUUCAUACACAUACCGGCCGUUUCUCCCUGCCCACAUAACAGUUGCAAUGGAAGUGCCAUUUCCUGUUUGAGACAGGAAGUGGCUCCUCCAUGAGGAGUCAUUCGGUUCUCUUGUUAGUGUACACAUCCCCUUUCCCUCCUCACCACCUCCGCUGGUCAUCACAUGUUGUUUCCAUGGAAACACAGGUAUGCAGGAGUUCAUAGGGCACGGUACAGUGUCACGGUACCUGCCCCGGUGUUCAGGGUUCUCAGAAUGGCAGUGCGUGUGUGUGUGUGUGUGUGUGUGUGUGUGUGUGUGUGUAUGUAUGUGUGUGUACAUCCAAUGAAUGUGGUUUCUCUAGCAUGUGAGGUGUUUGUGUGUGUGUGUGUGUGUGUGUGUCAUAUCUGAUUGAGUAGGACCUGUGUUUUUGUACGUCUGCCUGUUGUGUGAAGAAGUAGUUCGAGUUUUGCAUCAGUCUAAAAGUUUUAAGUGUGUGUGUGUGAGAGAGAGUUUGGUCUCUCAUAGACUUUGGCUUAGUCAUAAGGGAAUUCUCUGUGGUUCCAUUAAGUUGGCUUUAAGUUUAAAGAACUAUGUUAACAAGGGUUGACAAAAACAGCAACCAAGAAAAACUGAGAAAAGACAUGCUGUUGAUUUUGCCACGACCCAGUGGCGAGAUGAGCUCAUUGCACUGUAAUCUUCCUUCCAUGUGUAGUCAUUGGCCGCGGAGCUGCCUGCGGAGGAACCAAUCCAGCCUGAUUCUAGCCUACAUGGACCCACUUCACGUUAGCUCACACGCCCCUGUUCCUAUGCCAGCAGCUUAAAGCCGCACUGUGUCUCAGGACUUCCCAUUUUAAAAAAAUACAUUUCCCAUAAGCACCUUUUUCACUCUUCAGACCUGAUCCCUGGCUGUCCGGGCUCCUGUGUACUGAGGGGAGACUGCGCUUGUUGGGCUUGUUGAACGUGUGGAAAGUCUGUGGUGAGCUGGAUUUGUUAACGUGCAUUUUUUUUCUUUUUGUUCUCUGUUGUCCACUCUCCCCUAAGCUGUUUUGUCAUGUAUGCAGCCUGAAGGCUCAUUGUUUGCAAUUCAGGUUUGGCAACUAUCUGGACGAUCUUCUGUAAGUGAUGAAGUGGAUGGAUGGAUGGUGAAAUGAGCUUCUCCUCCCAGUUCCACCUGCCCACAGCACGCCUUGAAAACAAACCAAACAGAAUACAUACACCCAAAACACCCCCUAGCAUUUCUCUUUCUCUCACUCUCAUAUACACACACACAUACAGCCACACAACACACUCUUUGUCCUAUGUCUUCACAUCCAAGUACAUUCCUAGACACUCAUCAAAAGCUUCUCUUGACUCACGGAUACCUUUCUCUUCUUUUUCUCUCUCUUCUCUCUUUUUUCGUUCUUUCUCUGUCUGCCUGUCGAGGCUUCCCUCUCUCUGCAUGUCCUAGUGGUUCUGGUAGAUGGGUGCAUGGUAAACGCAGCAACUGAGUUGUUUUCACGCGGUGAAAGUGUACUUUUCAUUUUGACAUUCAGCAAUAAAUCCCCUUUUUUCAUGUCCAUUCUUGACUUGGAAUAUGCUAGAAAUUUUUGCAAGUUUUCUCAAAAAAAAUAGUACUUGUAAAAAAAAUUCAAACCACUUGUUCAUAUGGAAAAAAAUAAAUCUUUAUUCCUACCAUUUUAAAAGAA